GUGGCUAUUACACAUGUACGUUUAGUUAAGAUAUUAUCACGUGACCAGUAUGGUUAUCUAUAGCUAUCUACGGGUAAAUAAGAAAGCGAAUCUGCGAUGAAACAGUAAAUGUCUGUAGAGGCAUUACAACUUUAAAAGUGAAGAUUGUAGUAUGGAGAAAUGUAUAAGCAAAAAAUAACCAGACGUUAAUUGUGCUGAGGCUAGAUUAUAGAGACAAUGAGUUUAAUAUUUUUAGAUUGAGAAAAGCGAAAUCAUCGAGUCAUUGUACAGAAACGGCGUUGGAUUCUGAGUUAAGUUGAAAGUUAAACUACCUACUAAACUACAGUAGUAGUACAAUACAGUAAUACUGGAGUGUAAGAGAUGUUGAUCUGUUCAAAAGUUUAAAUGAACUACGCUUAUAUCUACACUAUUUUACGGAAUUUGCCUCCAAUACUUUCAGUUACUAAGGCUAGUAGUAGUAAUUAAAAUUAAUACUACUACUACUACUACUUGAGUACUAGUACUAGUUUACCUUAGCAGUAGAAAAAAGAUCAUUGGAUGGUGUUUAUAUAUAUAUUAACUUCAUUACAUAUAGCCAUCCAAAUCACACUAAAAAAAGUGGACUAUAGUAUUUUUAAUAGACUUUAGUCAUGGAUGAAGAAAAGCAUUUCCUCGAACUAGGCCCAAAUCCUGUACGAUUUGAACCUGUAAGCAAGAUUUCAAAUGUUUUCUUUGAUGAUGCUAAUAAACAGGUUUUUGCUGUUCGUUCAGGAGGUGCUAUGGGUGUUGUUGUGAAGGGCCCAGAUGUGAAAACAAGUAGCAAUUUUCGUAUGGAAGAUAAGGGUGAUGUUAUUUCUAUAAAAUUUUCACCAGACCAAAAAAUAUUAGCUAUACAGAGAUGUCAGAAGUCAGUUGAAUUUGCAAAUUUUUCUGAUGAUAUUGAUGCUUUAGAAUAUUCUCAGAGCUGUAAAGGAAAAACAACUAAAGUAUUAGGAUUUAUCUGGACUGCAAUUAAUGAGGUGGUAUUUGUUACUGAUCAUGGCAUAGAGUUGUAUCAGGUAAGCCCUGAAAAAAGAACUCUGAAAUCCCUCAAAACAUACAAUGUCCCUGUAAAUUGGUUUGUAUAUCAACCAGAAAUAACUCUUCUGCUUUUGUCAUCUGGUACACUUGGAAAUAUGCUGCAUCCAUUUCAAUUUAGACCAGGUAGUGUUUAUAGAUUAGCGAAGUUUGAAGUUGACCUACCUAUAAUUCCCAAACCACCAAAAUUGUGUUUGCUAGAAAGAGAUGUAGCAUUAGCAACAAUUUAUAUGAAAACUUGUAUCAUUGUACUUAGGCAUCAGUCCCGAGGCCCUGGUAAUACUGGUGCAGAGAUUGUUAUAUACACAUUUCAGAAAGAUACUCCACCAAGAAAAACUGACAUCUUGAAGUUGGAUAUGAGUGGACGUUUUGCAGUUAAUGUCAUAGACAAUCUUGUCCUUGUUCAUCAUCAGGCUUCAAAAACAUCAAUGAUUUUUGACAUAAGGUUGCCAUGUGAAAGUGAUGGCUACUUCAAGUAUCAUCGACCAUUUACUUCACCUUACCCUAUAAAGCCGUUUAAACUCAAGGUGCCUACCGUCCCAAGCCACAGUAUGUCAGAAUUGGCUGAAGUUGAAUGUGAACUAUAUUCUCCUAACUGGAUUGUAUUUCAGCCAAACAUUGUGAUAGAUGCCAAAUUGGGAUGUAUGUGGUAUGUGCAAAUUCAAUUAGAACCUCUUGUUGAUAGAAUUGCUGAUAAAUGUCUCCUGAUUGACUUUUUGCUACUAAGAAAAACUUCCAAAGAUGUUAUCUUAAAGGUUUGUAGAAAGGGCAUUUUACCAGAAAACCAGCUGUCUCUAGUGGAUCUUGCAAGAAUAUUUGAUAAAUUGAACCAUGUGUAUAAAGCUUACGCAGAGAGUGAGGCUGCUCGUCAACGAGUUCAAGGUAUAGUUAUUGACCAGUCAGAUAUGUAUACACAUGUGUUUUCUGUGUUUGAGGAAAGUAGCGAUAUCAGUUAUAAGUUAGUUGUUGCAGUUUUGAUAGAGUAUAUUCGCUCACUGACUCAACACCAAAUACCUGUACAACAUUACUUGUAUGAGCUCCUAAUUAACACCCUUGUCCAUCAUCGUUGUUUCUACCAGUUACACCAAUUUUUACAGUACCAUAUUCUCAGUGACUCGAAACCUCUAGCUUGUUUAAUGCUUUCUCUGCAGAGCCUUUAUCCUCCAUCACAUCAAUUAGCUCUAGAUAUGCUAAAAAGACUAGGAACAGCUAAUGAAGAAAUAAUUGAGGUUUUACUCUCCAAACAGCAAGUUGUGUCAGCACUAAAAUUUAUUCGAAGCACUGGUGACAUGGAUAACAUUUCUGCUCGAAAGUUCUUGGAAGCAGCAAUGAAUACAGAUAACCCAGCCAUCUACUAUGCUGUAUUUAAGUGCUUCGAACAGAGGAAUAUCAGACUGAGAGGUUCAGCAGCAUUUGCUAAAGGAGAACAUUGUGAAAAUUUUGUUAGUUAUUUUGAAAAUUUGUUUGGCUCUCGAUCUAGUUUGAGUAACUAUUGUGGACUAACCUAAGUAUUUAAAUGUAUAGGGUUCUUCAUGACAAAAAGGUAAAGGCUAUUUAAAGUGAAUCAUUUCAUACAGUGCAUAAAUAUAUGGUAUCAAAAGUGGGAAUUGCAUAUACACUUUCUAUUUUAUUCUUUAAGAUAAUUUAUCUAGUACCCACAAAUUUCUGUGAUCUGUAAUAUUUGAUAUUAAAAUAAUAUGGUGAUAAAAUAAUCUGUGUCAUGUGCUGUAUGUUGCUUUAUUUAUCAAAAUUUCUCUCAAAGUAUGUUAUUGAGAAAUAUUUUGAUUUUAGUGGAAGAUGAAAUAUAUAUAUAUAUAUAUAUAGUUAUGUGUACAUUCUUGAACACAAAACAACAUUCUAAAAUGGUCAUAAUGUGUAGGUGAUAUUUUUUUUAGACAUAGAAUGGUAUAUACCUGUAGCUUGUAUUUCAUAACAUUAUUAUACAGUAGUUUUAACUUCAAAAUAUCAAAGCUUUAAUCAUUCAGCUAAAUUACCAGUUACUUAUAAAAAAUAUAUUCAAGACAUCAUCAUGUUAAAUUUUAUUUUCUUUUUUUUUUUUUAGAGGUAAAGUGUAUGUAUUAUACUUGUUGUUAAAAUGUUGCCUUUGUUAGCAAAAUAAAACAUUUUAAGUUGAUACUUUUAUUUCAUAUAAUGAAAAGCUUGAGCUCAUUAGUAAUCUAAAAUAUGAGCUGUAAAGAUAAGGGUUCUCUGAAAGAAAAAGUAAUAUGGUACAAAUAUGUAUGAAUUUAGGUUGUGUAAACUGGCUCAACUGUAUAGUGUUUAUGUUAAAACUUUAUAUGGAAGUAUAUCAAUAGUAAGCUAACCACACACUGUUUCUAAUAUUUAAAAUUCAUUCUUGAUUAAUCCAUUUGGAAUUAUUAUUAUUAUUAUAAGCAGAUGAGACAUUAAGAAUGAUAUUUACACACUUCAUACCAUGCUCUUAUUUGAAUAAAGAAAAUUAUUUUUAGUACAAUAAUGUGUGAACACCAUUUGGGUUAAUUAUCGUUGUAUGGCUGUGUUACACUUCUGUAAGUAUACUUUUUAUAUACAUGGUUAAUAUUUUUGAUUUCAAGGUACAGGUACAUAUCAAAAAAUGGUCUCAUGUAUUUGCUAUGAAUGAAAGUAUAUGAUAAUGCUGUAUUGUUCUGUAUGUGGUCUCAAGCAUUGUUUAGUGAUAAAUUUCUUACUUUAUAUCUAGAGUUAUCUUCCUGCUGUGGUACAAAGAUCAAAGUAUAUGAAAUAUAUGUAUCCAUAAAAAUCAUUAUUGGUUAACAGUAUAUUUAUUUAAUAUAACAUCUUCCAUUAUGAAUUUCUUCAAAUCUAGAAACCAUCAUCUUAGCAAUAAACAUAACUAUUGCUUUAGUGAAUGUUGUAACGUAGAAAGAGUACUUGUGUGUUAGUUUAGUGCGUAAGUAACAAAAAUAAUUUAGAUGUGUGGAUUUAAAUACUCAUUUGUGCAAAAAAUGGAAUUAUUAAGGGAAAAGGAUUUUAUUAACAGAAACUAGUAAGUUACAUAGUAUACAUAUAUAUUUUGCAUAUUCUGAAACAUCUGAAAAUAAUUAAAUGUAAGAUUUUAACAUUCAUCUUAUAAGUUUUAAACUUCUUUUUUUAUGUUUAUCAUUCUAAUAUUGUUUGAGGAGAGGUCUUAAGUAAAUCCUUGAAUCAUACUAAAAUGGCUGAAUUAAAUACUGCCAAUUGCACCUACAUUAAGAAAUAAUAUGCAGUCCAUGCAUAACAUGAAUGAUCUUAACAUUAUUGGUUUAAUUUCUCUAUAUGCUUAAAGAAUCACUCUGUUCAAAAUAUAUUUUAAAAUAGAAUGACAAUACAUGUACAGGUGUAAAUUUUAUUUGUUUUAUUUUAUUAAACACAAAGUUAACUGAAAUUAAGUAGUCAGAUGACUUUAAACAAGUAUCUUACAAAUGACAUUUCAUUAUAGUUAAUGCAAAGUAAUGCAUUUGGGAUCUAAUUUGGAUCAUGUGUUAAAUAGUAAUGGGAACCAACUCAAAAAUGUGGCAGAAGGAAAAGAUAUUAAUAACAUGGUUGAUAAGCCACCAAAGCAGGGAUAUGUUGCUGGAAGUAAAGCCAAUGCAGUGUAGGGUUAUUUACAAAUAUCAAUUACAAGUAGAAAGGUAAUUAUCUCUGUACAAAUCUCUAGUACAGCCUCAUUUUGAAUAUUGUGUUCAGUUUUGGUCUCCUAAUUUAAGAAAGGAUAUUGGCUUGUUGGAAAGAGUUCACAGGAAGGCUACUAGAAUGAUUACAGCAAUAGAAAAGUUAUCUUUUAGGGGAUAGGUUUAUUUCUUAUAACCUAAUAUAUCUUGAGAGAAAAAAAAAGGUAGAAUGUGAUCAUGUUUAAGAUUAUCAGACUAUCCAGGAGACCUAUAGUUUAAAGGCCUCUUGGUUUAUUUUUGUUAUAUUCUGAAGAUAACAGAAGAGAAAACACAAAUUUGAGAUUUGGAAUAGACAGGUUAAUUAACUAAUGGAAUGAGUUGCCAUCAGAAGUAGUGGAGGCUAGCACCUUACAUGAGUUUUAGAUAGUAAAACAAUUAUUUCCUUAAAAGUAAAGAUUCUUACUUUUUCAAAUGGUGGGUGUGCAAGACUAGCCAUGAAAGAUCCAAUGGUUUCUUGGUGUCUGUAAGUUAUGUUAAAUAAAAAACUGUUGUUUGAUACAUGUAGCAUAAACAUACAAAGGCAGCCACAGUAUGGUACUACAUGAAAAUCUAGAAUUAGUUUAAGUAGCUGUUAAUUAUGAGAUAGAGAAAAUAAUGGUCACAUAUUUCUGCCAAAUACUUUGGUAAAAGGUGUGAUGUUGUAUAAAGCAUACAGGCAAUACCAUGAUUGGUGGAGAACCAAUAGGAGUUGAGAAAAUUCAAGUGUACAUAAAUAUUAUACAAGCAAAAGAUUACAGAUGAUUCCAAAAACAAAUGGGAAGUUAGUGAGGGCAGGGGAUAAAGUUGUAGGUGGUAAAGAAAAUAGUUCACAUGAAAUGCAAAAUUAUGAAGAAAUUGUUUUAAGUAUGAAAAAUGUUAGAUAACAGAAGCUAACAGUUAUGACUUAUGGGAGCUUAUUAUGAUAAGUUGCUUUCAAACUUGUACAUUUACUCAAAAUUGUUAAGUAUGGAAUAUGUACGAGGUACUUAAGUGUUUUUUAUAUGUAUGAUAUUGAAAGUAUAUUGGUGUUAUUUGUAUCUAUUAGAUCAGCAGAAAUGUAAUUAAAUUCAAAAGUGCUCUUUUAAUUUCAAACAUGUAUUACUGCAAGAAAUCUGUGGUUCAAGAACAAUA